CAGGCUCGACCUUCGUGACCCACUCCUCACCCUCUCUCACACCCUUGUCCACGGUCGGAAGAGAAUUCAGGGUUCUCUCCGCCUGCUCAUAGCGAACGGUGCGAGGAUCCCUCCAACUGUAUAUCUGCAAUCUUGAGCCAGAGGAACCGGCAUCAAUGACUAUUCCGAAGCGUCGAGAUGCUAGCCAUGGAUCGACAACAGUGGGAGGUGGCAUCUACAGCAUGAGCAGUCGUAUUCAAAGGAGCGACGCCAACGAAGAAUAAUGGUUUUCAAUGGAUUUUGGGGACGUCGAACACGUCGAGGUCGAGGACAACGGCGAGCAGAGACCUGGAGAGCCCUGGAAUUUUGUGACCACGUCACAUACGGCCCUCCUAUUUCGGGGUAAGCGCUUCCCCAAUAUGGGUCCAUGUUACACAACCAGUCACAAGGAUUCCAUUUCGCCAAUACUCUUUCCUUCGAUCAUUUCGACUCUUACUUCGCUUCUCUCCUUCCAUCCAUUCUGACAGCUUGGAAAGACUCGGGUGAUCAAACUACAGACUACCUAAAACGUCUCCCUGAUCUCCGAAGAUGGUUCAAAGGACGAAAACAGACGACAGGCCCUUCACAGGCAGAACAACUACUUCGAGUCACUGCAGGUAUUGCAGCUGAACUCAUAAAAGCGCACGAUGCCAACCAAACUGUUUCCCUCAAUGUACUUCGAGCGAAGAUGAGCAAGAAGUUUGGGUUCGGAGGCGUACCUAGACUUGUGGACAUUAUCAGUGCAAUCCCUGAUGAUUACAAGAAAGCUUUGCUACCAAAGUUGAAGGCACGACCUAUCCGAACUGCCAGUGGAAUCGCUGUUGUAGCUGUGAUGUGCAAACCACAUCGGUGUCCACAUAUUGCAAUGACAGGAAAUAUCUGCGUAUAUUGCCCCGGAGGACCAGACUCUGAUUUUGACUACAGCACACAAAGCUACACAGGUUAUGAGCCAACAAGUAUGCGAGCUAUUCGUGCACGGUAUGAUCCUUAUGAACAAACCAGAGGACGAGUGGAACAGCUGAAGAGUCUUGGUCACAAUGUUGACAAGGUCGAGUUCAUUAUUAUGGGUGGCACAUUCAUGAGUAUGCCAGAAGAUUACCGGAAUAAGUUCAUUGCACAACUGCACAACGCACUAUCAGGAUUCACGGGGUUUGAUGUUGAUGAAGCAGUACGGUUUUCGGAGCAGAGCAAAUCAAAAGCAAUUGGAAUAACUAUUGAGACCCGGCCGGACUAUUGUCUCCGACCACAUCUUAGCCAAAUGCUUCGCUACGGUUGCACGCGUCUCGAAAUCGGUGUGCAAUCUGUGUAUGAAGACGUCGCCCGAGACACAAACCGGGGACACACAGUUCGCGCAGUCUCAGAGUCCUUCCACUUAGCCAAAGACGCAGGUUUCAAAGUUGUUGCGCACAUGAUGCCUGAUCUCCCUAACGUCGGUGUCGAACGAGAUCUAGAACAGUUCAAAGAGUACUUCGAGAACCCGGCAUUCAGGAGUGACGGUUUGAAAAUCUACCCUACCUUGGUGAUUCGAGGUACCGGAUUAUAUGAGUUAUGGAGAACGGGAAGGUAUAAGAAUUAUACCCCCAAUGUGCUAGUGGAUGUGGUAGCGAGAAUUCUGGCAUUGGUACCGCCCUGGACUAGGGUGUACCGUGUGCAAAGAGAUAUCCCUCUUCCUCUUGUGACUAGCGGGUGCGAGAACUCAGGUAACCUGCGAGAGCUCGCCUUGAACCGAAUGAAAGACUUUGGAGCCGAAUGUCGUGAUGUACGAUUUCGGGAAGUAGGAGUUCACGAGAUUCACCACAAAGUGCGACCAGAAUCGGUUGAACUCCUUCGGCGUGAUUACACCGCCAACGGAGGCUGGGAGACCUUCCUAUCAUACGAAGACCCUGAGCGUGACAUCCUCAUCGGUCUUCUUCGGUUGCGAAAGUGCUCAGAUGAGGGUACUUUCCGACCCGAGUUGGUGAGGAAAGAGGAGGGCGGUUGCAGUAUCGUCCGGGAACUCCACGUGUAUGGAACUGCUGUCCCCGUACAUGGACGCGAUCCGACGAAGUUUCAACAUCAAGGAUUCGGUACGCUGUUAAUGGAGGAGGCGGAGCGAAUAGCCCGAGAGGAGCAUGGAAGCGUCAAGCUCGCUGUCAUUUCAGGUGUGGGUACCCGAGAUUACUAUCGACGAUUAGGUUAUGAGCUGGACGGACCAUAUAUGAGCAAGUCCCUACUAUAAGGAGAAUAUUCGCUUUUUUGUAUUAUCACGAGCCUUUGUUGCUAUUGCAUCUUGUAUUGUAGACUUCCGACUCGGAUCCUGAUUGUGAAGUUCAUUCAUAGAUAUUGUACAGUACUCGCAGCACGGAGUCUAUGCUCCGUAAUAUCAGUGCAAAGAGUCGCCGAAAACAUGAUGCUGCA